AUGGAAAGUCUUACCAACGUACCACACAACGGUAGACAGGCAGAAAUUUCUUCGCAAAGUACAAUCAGUCUUCUUAACGAGAAGCAGUACAAGUGUGCAAGUGUUUUAAUUAUUCAGCUGGAUCGAUUGGCUCCUUCAAAUUCGCGUCUCUCUAUUGUACCCAACAAACGGUGUGUGAACAAUUCACAAAUGAAAACGAAUGUGGUGUACGUUGAAGUUGCGGACAACGGUUUGGCUUCAUUCGUUCCCGGCGCAAACAGAAUUCGGUUUCAAGGUUGA